GCACGCAUCCAAUCAUGCCCCGAAAGGGGAACAAUCCCCACGAAGAAGAGGAAUAAGGCCCACGAAGAAGAAGCCGCAGUUGAACCUCGUGAAGCGGGAGUUGACAGUUCGCUAACAUGAACUGGGGUCAGAGUGAGCUGCCGUCUCCUGUGGUUCGAGAUGACGAGGUGACGAUCGCUGCCCGCAGGAGAAGAAAGAAGGUGGCCUUCCCGUCACCCGGCAGUGGCAGCCCCGUCAUGUCCACGGUGACACCAGCCCGCUCCCUGCGGAACACUCCUGCUUCACUGUUCAGACAGGCUGUAACUCCCAGGGUUCCAGAUGUUUCCUCCAUUUUGGCUCCAGGGGGUCGAACUCCUCGGUACACACACACGCCCCGAAACACACUCGGCAGUCUGAAUUUGGAUGACAGUGACUGGACCAACAGCAUGUUCACGUCCCCUCUUGCCGGUCAGGAGAACACCAGCUUCUUCACAGAGGACAUCGCCAACCUCAGCUCAGCUCUGCUAAAGGAGGACGACCCGGGAGAAGCCGCGGCUGCCAGUCUUUUCCCAGAGUUCCUUGCAUCUUUUCUGAAACACUCUUCCUCUGCGGUGUUCGAUCUCUUGGAGGAUUAUCAGACACUCUGCCAGGACAAAGUGGACGUGCUGCAGUCUGUGGUCCUCAGAGCAGGUCAGAACAGUAAAACAGCAGGAGUCCGCUGGCUACUGCAGCAGGAGAGCAGCUCCUGGAGACUCAUCACCUCACUCUACAGGGAUCGGGUCCAGUUGGCGCUGGAAGAUGACGUCACCAUGUCGGACAUGGUUGCUCCAAGUGAGAGUGAGAAGGUUGUGGUGGAGCAGCUUUUUCAGCGAGAUGCUGUCAUUCGACAGAGUCAGCUGGUCGUUGAUUGGCUGGAAUGCAUUGCCAAGGAUCAAAUUGGAGAUUUUUCUGAUAAUAUAGAAUAUUAUGCCAAAAAUGUCUGCUGGGAGAACACUCUUCAUGCGCUGAAGAUGAGGAGGAAGAGCGGUGCUGCGUUCACGGUUCCUCUGGUCACUGAGCUGGACCCAGACGCCCCUCUCCGGCAGCAGCGCCCCCUGGCUGAUCUGGACAGAGAGGACGACGCCCGACUGCUGAAGAAUCUGUUCAACCUGAUCAGAGCGGGGAUGACGGAGGAGGCUCAGAGGCUGUGUAAACGCUGUGGUCAGGCCUGGAGAGCAGCAACUCUGGAAGGAUGGAAACUUUACCACGAUCCCAACAUGACCUCAGGCAGUAUCGAGUUGCAGCCUGUGGAAGGAAACCCUCAGAGAGGAGUUUGGAAGGCCUGCUGCUGGAGAAUGGCUGAGGAGGAGCAGUUAAACAGAUACGAGAGAGCGAUCUACGCCAGCCUGAGUGGAAACCUCAAACCGCUCCUGGCAGUGUGUGAAUCAUGGGAGGACUGCGUGUGGGCGUACUUCAGAGUGAUGGUCGACUCGCUGGUUGAAAAGGAUCUGAUGUCAUCGGGUAUGGCCCACCAGGAAGUGGAGACACUGCCGCGAGAAUACCUGGAGGCGAA